AGUCGGUCCUUAGCCUUUGCGGCCGUAAAUAUCUUCUUAAAAGCAUUGCUGAGCUUCUGAGGCAACACCGUAGAGGUUUUCUUUUCCAGUUUCGCUAUGGGGACGAAGAAUCCUUCGGGCUACAACACUCUAGAGCGGGAGCGAAUCUUUAGACACCCAUCCACCCAUGGGCCAGAUAUUCCCCUCAUCAGUCAGACAGCUGCUGCCCACAUCGACUCAUUUAAUGCACUCUUCGAGGACGGGAGAAACCGUGCUUUGCUGCAAAAGGCCGUCGAAGACUUAGAGCCACGAGUCGUCUUUGACGCUACAGGACCAGAAGCGGGAAACAGACUGGAAUUCAAAAUACUUUCUGCCACUGUCAGCAUGCCGACGAUAUCCCCGCGUCAAAUCUUACCCGCCAGCGUAACUGACACUCGUUUCUAUCCACAUGAGGCUCGCGAAAGAAUGGUUUCUUACCGAGGGAAACUAGUCAUAAAACUCUCUGUCAAAGUUAAUGGAGAUGAGAUUAUUCAGACAAAAGAAUGCGGUUCCGUUCCCAUCAUGGUUGGAUCAAAUCGUUGCAACCUUCGAGGCAUGUCGCCCGCUGAAUUGGUAGCACAUCAUGAGGAAGCGGAAGAGUUUGGUGGAUAUUUCAUCGUCAACGGCAUUGAGCGUUUUAUCCGCAUUCUCGUUGUGCAGCGACGCAACCUUCCUAUUGCGCUAUCCCGGGGUGCGUUCGCGAAGCGAGGAAGUAGUUACACUACAUACGCUGUCACCAUUCGGUGCACACGCCCUGAUGAGAGCAGUCUGACAAACUCUAUCCAUUAUCUGUCGAAUGGGGGCGUGAUGCUUCGGUUUGGGUUGCGAAAUCGGGAAUAUUUCAUUCCUGUCAUCUUCAUUCUUAAGGCCUUGAUCAGUCCUUCCGACAAGGAGAUUUUUGAGGGUAUCAUGAUGGGUGACUAUCAGAAUACUUUCUUGAUGGAUCGUGUGGAAGUUCUAUUACGGAACUUCAAAACCUAUGGACUAUUCUCUAGUGAGCAGUGUCUGGACUUCCUCGGGGAGAAAUUCAGGGUUGUUCUCCGUCUGCCUCUGGAUUGGACAAAUAGGCAAGUGGGAGAGGCACUCAUCAAGAAAGUUGUACUUGUCCAUUUGGAUGACCAUCGGGACAAGUACCGGUUAUUGCUUUUCAUGAUCCGCAAGCUUUUUGCUGUUGUAUCCCAUGAGUCGUCUUUGGACAAUUUGGACUCUCCACAAUUUCAAGAGUUACUGCUUCCCGGCUUUCUGUUUGGGAUGUACCUCAAAGAUCGUUUCCAGGAAUUGCUAAAUGCCCUGCAAAGCGGUUUCCUUCUCAGUAUGGAAAGAAGAGAGGUGACCAACUUUGCUGACAGUAAUUAUCUGGCUAAAGUCAUGGCCAAAGUGUCAUUCGACAUUGGCGCCAAGAUGUCAAACUUCGUGGCUACUGGGAAUCUUUCGGCGAGUUCUAAUCUCGAUCUACAACAAACCUCGGGUUUCUCAGUUGUUGCGGAAAGGCUGAACUGGUACCGUUUCCUCAGCCACUUCCAAUCGGUGCAUCGAGGUUCAUUCUUUCAGAGCAUGAGAACAACCUCGGUCCGUAAAUUGUUACCCGAAGGGUGGGGCUUUGUGUGCCCCGUGCACACCCCCGACGGUUCGCCUUGCGGUUUGCUUAACCACUUCUCACGCUCUUGCCGGAUAAUCACGGAAGCGUUGUCCGUUUCUCAUAUUCCCUCCUUCCUCUCCUCCUUUGGCAUGACCCAGCCAUUUGCGACUUACAUCGACGGUCGCUCGGGAAAAAAUCUAUGCGUUCAACUGGAUGGAAAAGUCAUCGGGUGGGCCUCCCCGGCCCUCUGUCAAAGGCUUGCAGAAAUACUUCGCAUUUCCAAGACUGAAAAAAAGCAUCGAGUGCCUCUUGACUUGGAGAUUGGCUUUGUACCAGUCUCUGAGGGCGGACAGUAUCCCGGCCUGUACUUGUUCUCGGGCCGGGCGAGGAUGAUGCGACCAGUAAGGUAUCUUCUGAAUGGCGAAGAAGACUCCAUUGGCCCUUUCGAACAAGUGUAUAUGGAUAUCGCUGUCAAACCGGAGGAGAUCGAAAAGGGCGUUACCACCCACGUCGAGCUUAACCCUACCAAUUUCUUGUCCGUCAUUGCAGGACUCACUCCAUUUUCCGAUUUCAACCAAAGUCCUCGUAACAUUUACCAGUGCCAGAUGGGCAAACAAGCGAUGGGGACGCCAGCCAUCGCACUUCAACAUCGUUCUGAUUCCAAAUUAUAUCGCUUGCAGUCUGGUCAAACUCCGGUUGUACGACCCGAAAUUCACAACUCGUAUUGCAUGGACCACUUCCCUAAUGGCACGAAUGCAGUGGUUGCUGUCAUCUCGUAUACUGGUUAUGAUAUGGAAGACGCUAUGAUUCUAAAUAAGUCUGCUCAUGAGCGGGGUUUCGGGUACGGCACCGUCUACAAAUUACAUGAAAUUAAUUUGGAGCAAACCAAGGGGAGUCGUGGCAGUCGUAAGAAGGAUUCGAAAGCACCAACUUUACACUUCGGAAUCGGUCCUGACGUUCUGGACGACGACAUCAUCAGAACGAGUGUGGACAUAGAUGGUUUCCCCAUUAUCGGGGCAAAGUUGAAAUAUCACGAUGCUAUCGCCGCAUAUGUUGAUGAUAGUUCGGGGGGCACGAGAUUCGAGCGGUACAAAGGGGAUGAAGAGGCUAUUGUUGAUCAGGUUCGUAUCAUAGGUGGAGAUGCUGGUGACACGGAGGCCCAGAGGAUUCAAGUCAUGUUGCGGAUUCCACGUGGCCCAGUGAUAGGGGACAAAUUCUCCUCUCGUCACGGCCAGAAAGGUGUUUGCUCGCAAAAGUGGCCCUCUGUUGACAUGCCCUUCAGCGAGAGUGGUAUACAACCCGAUAUCAUCAUCAACCCUCAUGCCUUCCCUAGUCGGAUGACAAUAGGUAUGUUUGUGGAGAGCAUGGCCGGGAAGGCGGGAGUAAUGCACGGACUCGCGCAAGAUGGGUCUGCGUUCAAGUUCAACGAAGACCAGACGGCUGUCGACUACUUUGGAGAGCAGCUCAAAGCGGCCGGUUACAAUUACUACGGCAACGAGCCCAUGUAUUCGGGAGUGACUGGACAAGAAUUCGCCGCGGACAUCUAUCUUGGUGUCGUUUACUAUCAACGACUUCGACAUAUGGUGAACGACAAGUGGCAAGUUCGAACCACUGGCGCCGUGGACCCGCUAACCCGUCAACCCGUCAAGGGCCGGAGACGUGGUGGUGGUAUCCGUAUGGGUGAAAUGGAGCGCGACGCUCUGAUCGCCCACGGAACGUCAUUCCUCCUCCAAGACCGUCUCAUGAAUUGUUCCGAUUAUUCAUUAGCCUGGGUCUGUCGAAACUGUGGGAGUAUGAUCGCGCUGGGAUUCGAGGACAUUUUGACGGGCCCUCCGGAGCAUGGUAGUGGUAAUGUCGGUGAUGAUUGGAGGGGGAAGGUUAAGAAAGUAGGAGGAGACAACAUUUACUGUCGCGCGUGUUGGGAGGAAGUCCAAGAGGAGGACACCCUUGCGCGGCGCGAGUUUGGUGGAGACGAUUCGGCCGCCUCGUUCGUAGGUAAGGCAAAGGUGAACGUGGCUCUUCCGCGGCAGAACCUUCUCGCCCAACCCAAAUCGAACAUGGACGUUGUGGCCAUUCCUUUCGCCUUCCGUUAUCUAUGUGCCGAACUCGCGUCAGUAGGCAUUGGUGUUGCCCUCGAGGUCAGUUAAAGAGUCGUGUGUGUGAGAUGGGUGGGCGUUCUUCUACUUUUGCUUUUUGUUUGCUUUUUUUUUUCUUCCUCUUAUGCCGGUGAGAU